CAAAUCGCUCGACUCCUCUCUCUCUCUCUCUCUCUCUCUCGCUCUCUCUCGGCGUUCUCUGCCUCUUCCGUUCUCGCUUUCGCUCGAUCUCCGCGGAGCGCGAGCCAUGGCGGAUCAGCUCACCGACGACCAGAUCUCCGAGUUCAAGGAGGCCUUCAGCUUGUUCGACAAGGACGGAGACGGAUGCAUCACAACUAAGGAGCUGGGGACAGUGAUGCGCUCGUUGGGCCAGAACCCAACCGAGGCGGAGCUGCAGGACAUGAUCAACGAGGUGGAUGCAGAUGGCAACGGGACCAUCGACUUCCCUGAGUUCCUUAACCUGAUGGCCCGCAAGAUGAAGGACACGGACUCCGAAGAGGAGCUCAAGGAGGCCUUCAGGGUCUUUGACAAGGACCAGAACGGCUUCAUCUCCGCCGCGGAGCUCCGCCAUGUCAUGACCAACCUAGGCGAGAAGCUCACCGACGAGGAGGUCGACGAGAUGAUCCGUGAGGCUGACGUCGAUGGCGACGGCCAGAUCAACUAUGAGGAGUUCGUCAAGGUCAUGAUGGCUAAAUGAGGAAGAUUUCACAGACUGAUCGGUACAAUCGCCCGUUCCUUUGUUUGUUUCCAUUCUUCUUCUGGUAGUUUAUCUGUGUUAGCUGUACUUGUGCAAACAGAAAAAAAGAAUGACCCCCUGUCAUGCUUUUUGCUCAUAAUGUGCUAAAUCAUGUUUUCCUUCUGGAGUUAUUUGGACUUCACUUGGAUAUUUUUAUUUGGGUUAUUUGAGUUUAUUUUGAGUGCCAACAUGUGAUGAUCUUAUGUGGUGA